GUUGAAUGCACGAGCGACGCCAAUUGUUCGACGAACUGCGUGCCGCCAAAGAACGUGCGGACGAGGCCAAUCGCGCCAAAAGUACGUUCCUGGCGACCAUGAGCCAUGAAAUCCGAACGCCCAUGAACGCAGUGAUCGGCAUGCUCGAAUUGACGCUCAAGCGCGCGGACCAGGGCCACCUCGACCGCCCAGCCAUCGAAGUGGCCUAUAACUCGGCCAAGGACCUGCUGGAGCUGAUCGGCGACAUCCUCGAUAUCGCGCGGAUCGAAUCCGGCCGCCUGAGCCUGGCGCCGGAACGUGUGAACCUGCGGGAAGUGAUCGAAUCGGUGGUACGUGUGUUCGACGGCCUGGCCCGCCAGAAAACCCUCAGCCUGAUACUGGAGUUCAAAACUGACCUGGACGACACCGAAGUGUUGAUCGACCCGCUGCGCUUCAAGCAGGUGCUGUCGAACCUGAUCAGUAACGCGAUCAAGUUCACCGAGCGCGGUCAGGUCAAAAUCAAGGUGGACGUGCUGCCCACCGAUCUUGCCCAGCAAGUCGAGAUGAAACUGGUAGUGGAAGACACCGGCAUCGGCAUCAGCCGCGACGAUCAGAUGCGCUUGUUCGAACCCUUUGCCCAAGCCGACAACUCUGGGCAACUGGCCAGGAGCGGCGCCGGCCUGGGUUUGGUGAUCUGCCGCAGCCUGUGCGCCAUGAUGGGCGGGCAAUUGAGCCUGAGCAGCGUGCCCAUGGUCGGCACCCAGGUGCAUGCCAGUAACCAGCGGCUGAGCCAGUCCAACGACGAGUUGGAGGCGGCCAAAAUGCAUGCCCUGGGCAUGGCUCAGGCCCGCGCGGCGUUCCUGGCGAACAUGAGCCACGAAAUCCGCACCCCGCUCAACGGCUUGCUGGGCAUGAUCGCGCUGUCGCUGGACAGCAGCUUGAACGCCGAGCAGCGUCAGCAACUGUCCAUCGCCCACGAUUCGGGCAAAGUGCUGGUGGAGUUGCUCAACGAUAUCCUCGACCUGUCCAAAUUCGAUGCCGGCCAGUUGGAACUGGAGCGCAUUCCAUUCGAUUUGGGCGCGCUGGUGGAAGACACCGCCAACCUGCUGUCGCAGAACGCCGCGCCUAGCGUAGAGCUGACCUGCCUGAUCGACCCGAGGUUUCCGGCCCAAGUGCUGGGCGACCCGACGCGCGUGCGGCAGAUCGUCAGCAACUUGCUGUCCAACGCCCUCAAGUUCACCCGCUUCGGGCGCGUAGAUGUGCGUCUCAGCGUUCAGGAGGGCAAGGUCCACAUUGAAGUCUGCGACACCGGCAUCGGCAUCGCGCAGGAAGCUCAGGUAAAAAUUUUCCAACCGUUUACCCAGGCCGGCGCCGGCAUCACUCGCCAGUUUGGCGGUACGGGCCUGGGUCUGGCACUGACGCGAAACCUGUGUGAAGCCAUGCAGGGGCGCUUGAGCAUCAGCUCGGAGGUCGGCUUUGGCAGCCAAUUCUGCGCCGAGCUGCCGCUGCCGGCGCAUUUGCCGGCGAUGCAGCCGCCGCCGCUCAGCGUGGAGUCCGCGCCUGUAGCGCACCGCGCGCGCAUCCUGUUGGUGGAGGACAAUCCGGUCAACCAACUGGUGGCCAAGGGCAUGCUCAGCAAGCUGGGCUGUGAGGUGGUCGUGGCCGGCCAUGGUGGCGUAGCGCUUAAGUGCCUGGAAGAGCAACACUUCGACAUGGUGCUGAUGGAUUGCAAUAUGCCGGUGAUGGAUGGCUACGAGGCCAGUCGGCAGAUCCGCAGCAGUGGACGCUGGCCGGACCUGCCGAUCGUGGCGUUGACCGCCAAUGCUAUGUCCGAAGAACGCGAACGCUGCCGCGCAGCCGGGAUGAACGACUACCUGGCCAAGCCUUUCCGUCGCGAAGAACUCAAUGCCCUGCUGGAUCUGUGGGUGCCGAAGACGACAGCGCUCUGAUCUGCCCCAGCAAUUGGUCCAGGC